UCCUCCAUAAACGCAUCCAAUAUGUGCUAGUAAUGUCCUGUUUGCCAGCUUGUUGACCCUCUGUGUUCCCCUCCUGCAGGGUUUAGGAGCCGUUGCUGUGGACGGAGAGACGGGGACGUGAGCGGCCAUUGAGGGCGGCCAGGGUGCCGGUGAGCCCCCACCCCCCCCCCCUUCCAUCUGCUCGGUGUGUGGGCUGAGCUUCGAGGGGCUGAGCUUCGAUGGAGGACCACAUGAUGGGGCACAACAAGGAGAAGCGUUAUGAGUGCGACGUGUGUGGCAAGGCCUGGCAGAAGCCGUGCCUGCUGGAGACCCACCGGCGGGUGCACACGGGAGAACGCCCCUUCGACUGCUCGGAGUGUGGCAAGAGCUUCACCCGCAAUGCUAGCCUGCUGCGGCACAACCGCGUGCACUCCGGCGAGAGGCCCUUCACCUGCUCCGACUGUGGCAAGAGUUUCAAGACGGCAAAUGACCUGAAGAUCCACCGGUGGGUGCACACGGGCGAGAAGCUCUAUGGCUGCUCCACCUGCGGCAAGAGCUUUACCCGGUUGUAUGGGCUGCAGGAGCACCGGCGGGUGCACAGUGGUGAGCGGCCCUUCACCUGCUCCGAUUGCGGAAAAGACUUCAAGUCGUCGCCGGACCUGAAGCACCACAGGCGCCUGCACACCGGCGAGUGGCCCUUCACCUGCAGUGACUGCGGCAAGGGCUUCACCCAGUCCAGAAACCUGUGGGUGCAUCAACGCACCCACACCGGUGAGCGUCCCUACACCUGCACCCAGUGUGGUAAGGGCUUCACCCACUCCACCAGUCUGCUGUCCCACCAGCGCACCCACACCGGGGAGCGGCCCUACACCUGCAGCGACUGCGGCAAGGGCUUCACCCGCUCCGACAGCCUGCAGUACCACCAGCGCACCCACACUGGUGAGCGUCCCUACACCUGCACCCAGUGCGGCAAAUGUUUCACCCAAUCCAGUCACCUGCUGAUGCACCAGCGCAUCCACACCGGCGAGCGUCCCUAUACCUGCGGCCAGUGCGGCAAAGGCUUCACCCGCUCCACCCAACUGCUGAACCACCAGCGCACCCACACCGGUGAGCGUCCCUACACCUGCGCCCAGUGCGGCAAGGGCUUCACCCAGUCCCUGUCACCUGCUGAUGCACCAGCGCACCCACUCCGGCGAGCGCCCCUACACCUGCGCCCAGUGUGGCAAGGGCUUCACCCAAUCCUAUCAGCUGCUGAUGCACCAGCGCAUCCAUACCGGCGAGCGCCCCUACAUCUGUGCCCAGUGCGGCAAGGGCUUCACCAGCUCCACCAAGCUGCUGUCCCACCAGCGGGUGCACGCCGGCGACCAUCCCGUCCCCAGCCCGGUGUGUGGAGAACACUUUGCCAUGGCUUCCCACGCCCUGUCACAUCAGCGCGUGCACAUCAGUGGCCAGCCCUACGACUGCCCGUACUGCGGUGAGGCAUUUGAGAGCUCGCGGGGGUUGCGACAGCACUGGCGGACCCACGCCGGCGAGCAGCUGCUGCCACUGUGACGAGAGCAAGGGGGCUGCGGGAACAUCAGCGGAUACACACCGGAGAGGGACCCUUUGUGUGCGCUGAGUGUGGCAAGGGUUUCAUCCACAUGUCCAGUCUGUAGCAGCACCAGCUGAGCUGGGGACGGGAGCAUCCCUUCCCCUACCCGUUCUGUGGUAUGGGCUUCACCCGCCUUGACCACCUGCUGGAGCACUGGCGAGUCCACACCGGCCAGCGCCCCUUCACCUGCCCGCUCUGUGGCAAGGGCUUUGCCUGCUCCUCCAGCCUGCUGGCACACCGCCACUUGGAUAGGCGCUGGAAGGAAUGGGUAACAUUUCGGGUCGUUUCUUCAGUCACCCAUUCCCACAUAAGAGAUUAGUAUACAAACUUAAAGCACACGGCAUUGGGGGUUCAGUAUUGAUGUGGAUAGAGAACUGGCUGGCAAACAGGAAGCAAAGAGUAGGAGUAAAUGGGUCCUUUUCACAAUGGCAGGCAGUGACUAGUGGGGUACCGCAAGGCUCAGUGCUGGGACCCCAGCUAUUUACAAUAUAUAUUAAUGAUCUGGAUGAGGGAAUUGAAGGCAAUAUCUCCAAGUUUGCGGAUGACACUAAGUGGGGGGCAGUGUUAGCUGUGAGGGGGAUGCUAGGAGACUGCAAGGUGACUUGGAUAGGCUAGGAAAGUGGGCAAAUGUUUGGCAGAUGCAAUAUAAUGUGGAUAAAUGUGAGGCUAUGCACUUUGGUGGCAAAAAAACGGGAAAGCAGACUAUUAUCUAAAUGGUGGCCGAUUGGGAAAGGGGGAGAUGCAGCGAGACCUGGGUGUCAUGGUACACCAGUCAUUGAAGGUAGGCAUGCAGGUGCAGCAGGCAGUAAAGAAAGCGAAUGGUAUGUUGGCUUUCAUAGCAAAAGGAUUUGAGUAUAGGAGCAGGGAGGUCCUACUGCAGUUGUACAGGGUCUUGGUGAGACCACACCUGGAGUAUUGCGUACAGUUUUGGUCUCCAAAUCUGAGGAAGGACAUUAUUGCCAUAGAGGGAGUGCAGAGAAGGUUCACCAGACUGAUUCCUGGGAUGUCAGGACUGUCUUAUGAAGAAAGACUGGAUAGACUUGGUUUUAUACUCUCUAGAA